AUGACAGAAUGCAAUGCUCUGGUGGAUGCAACCACCUGCAUGGAAUUUGUCUUCCACAUGGAUGCAAUUACCAAAGCCUCUGCUUUUCAUAAGCAGUUUCACGUACCAUCCACCACACUCUGCCAUAUGUUUCGCUUGCCGCGAGCAGCAGCCAGAGAUAUUGUAAUCAAUUGUCCAGACUGUGCACAGUUUCUUCAUCCGCCUCAUACCAGAAUUAACCCUAGAGGCUUGUUGCCUCUCAAACUCUGGCAGAUGGACGUUACUCACAUAUCCCGCUUUGGGACUCUUAAGUAUGUCCACCUUUCUAUAGACACAUGUUCAGGCAUCGUCUAUGCCUCUCCCCUAAGCGGAGAAAAAGUCUGCAAUGUGAUAAGCCAUUGCCUUGCAGCUUGGGCGGCAUGGGGAAAACCCGAUAUCAUUAAAACAGACAAUGAACCGGCCUAUGCAUCUAGGCCCUUUGCCACAUUCUGUCAACACAUGAAGGUGAAACAUAUCACUGGUUUACCCUACAACCCUCAAGGGGAGGUGCUAAGUUGCAACGCCUCUGGGGUUGCCUGCUUGAUAUCUGAGUGCUGGGAUGGGACAAGUACCACAGCUCUGGUGGUGUGGUUACCAACCUUUGUACCCGUCCCUGUCGAAGCUGAUCCUGAACAAUUUCCAAUACUUACCCUGUUGCGCCAUAAGUGUGAUUUCGGUAUCACAGCAGCGAUAGUAACUGCUAUUGUAAUAUCUGCCGCCGCAGCCACAACUGCUGCGGUCACUAUGACCUCUCAAGACAGUAGGACAGAGAAAUACCAGUGUGGAAACAAAUCCUUCCUCAAGAGCUUCAACCCCAAUCCAGAUCACCAGCAAAUAAGGAACACCGUGUCCACAGCGAUCAAUCGACAUUUCAAGAGCACGGAAGACAUUGCCAAUGGAAAAAAUGGGAUACUUUACACUCUGCAGAUUGAUAAUACCAAGCUUCUUCAAAUAGCUGUUCCCGACUUUGUCCCCCUGCCCAUGUUUAGCUUUUCUCAAAGUUCUGACAGCUGCCGUUGUGAGACCGUGAGGUCCAAUGGCCUGAGGCUGAAAAAUCUGGGAGAUAUCCCAAGUGGGUCUUGUGUUCCUAUCUGGAUUUUGCGUUUUCUGGUGGACGAGAUGGGACAGGCUGUGACAACCCCCUUGUCUUUGUCUAUGGACCAUUGGUUGGAUGUUAGGGACAGAGGACGCUUACUGUCAGUAGUUGUAAAAAAGGGGCCUUGGCGGACCCUUUGCACCUCUGAGUGGCCAACUUUCAAUGUGGGAUGGCCACCUCGAGGGACUUUUGAUUUACCCACCAUUAGAGCCGUUAGGGCAGUUGUUUUUCAGGAAGGAUCAGGGUCGCAUCCAGACCAUCAACCAUACAUCACCAUGUGGGAAAACUUGGCUCACUAUCCACCCCCAUGGGUUGAGCCUUUCCUCCCACCUCGCCAACCAAGCUCCCGGGUCUUGGCUGUGCGAGAGGGCUCCACAGAAGGAAGACCGAAACCACGUCAGAAUGAAGAAAAUCCUGCAGGACUCACAGGCCUGAUAGAGUCCCUGAUGUUUUCCCACCAACCCACGUGGGAUGACUGUCAGCAGCUCCUACAGACACUGUUCACUACCGAAGAGAGGGAGAGGAUUCUCCUUGAGGCUCGUAAAAAUAUCCGAGAUAAUCAAGGACGCCCGGCCACUCAGGCUGCUAUAGACAAGGGGUUUCCCUUGACCCGUCCUCCGUGGGAUUACCACACGGCAACAGGUAGGGAACGGCUGUCCAUUUACCACCGGGCUCUCAUGGCUGGUCUCAGGGGUGCAGCGAGAAAACCCACCAAUUUGGCAAAGGUAAGAGAGGUUAUGCAAGGAGCGACUGAGCUCCCCUCUGUGUUCCUAGAGAGGCUCAUGGAGGCUUACCGUAGGUACACUCCUUUUGACCCUAUGUCAGAGGGGCAGCGAGCUUCUGUAAUCAUGGCUUUCAUUGGGCAGUCUGCCCCGGACAUUAGAAGGAGGUUACAGCGUAUUGAGGGAUUGCAAGAUUAUACUAUCAGAGAUGUGGUGAAGGAGGCUGAGAAAGUGGUAACUCUGAAAAUAGAGGGGACCCCUAUAGAUUUCUUGGUGGACACGGGAGCAGAAUAUUCUGUGCUUAAAAUACCUCUGGGAAAGAUACAAGAUAAAAAGACGCUGGUGAUUGGGGCUACAGGACAAAAACCGUAUCCGUGGACUACUUCUCGUACAGUGGAUCUUGGAAGAAACCAGGUAUCCCACUCAUUUUUAGUAAUACCAGAGUGCCCUACGCCCUUACUGGGCAGAGACUUGUUAACCAAAUUAAAGGCCCAGAUAAAAUUUGCCCCCUCUGGACUGGAACUGUCAUGGGGAACUGAGACACCCCAAACGUUAAUAUUGUCCCUUCAGCUAGAAGAAGAAUACCGGCUAUACCAAGAGAGAGAGAAGCCCCCCGAGGAGCUUCAGGAAUGGUUACUUCGAUUUCCUCAGGCGUGGGCUGAGACAGGGGGCACGGGAAUGGCUAGACAGGCCCCCCCUGUGGUGAUUGAGCUCAAGUCUGGAGCCACCCCCAUUGGGGUCUGACAGUACCCCAUGAGCAAGGAAGCCAGAGAGGGCAUACGCCCCCACAUUAAGAGACUGUUAGAACAGGGGAUUUUAGUCCCUUGCAGGUCCCCUUGGAACACCCCCUUAUUGCCAGUAAAAAAAACAGGGACAAACGACUAUCGUCCGGUACAGGAUCUUAGGGAAGUCAACAAGAGGGUACAAGAUGUCCACCCUACAGUGCCCAACCCCUACAACUUGCUCAGUACAUUGCCACCCACUCGAACCUGGUAUACCGUCUUAGAUUUAAAAGAUGCCUUCUUCUGUCUGAGGUUACAUCCAAACAGCCAGCCCCUGUUUGCUUUCAAGUGGCGGGACCCUGAGAGUGGGAGAACCGGACAACUCACGUGGACAAGGUUAUCCCAAGGAUUCAAAAACUCCCCAACACUGUUCGAUGAAGCUCUACACCGGGACCUUGCCCCCUUCCGAGCUAAUAACCCGCAGGUGACUCUUAUCAUUUAUAUUGAUGACAUUUUGCUGGCCACAGAGACCCGAGAAGAUUGCGAACUGGGGACUCAGAAGAUCCUGGCUGAGUUAGGUGAGUUGGGGUAUUGGGUCUCUGCUAAGAAAGCACAGCUAUGUCGAACUGAGGUGACAUACUUGGGAUAUACCCUAAAAAAUGGACAGCGGUGGCUCACAGAAGCCAGAAAACGAACAGUCACACAAAUCCCAACCCCAACCACCCCUCGCCAGGUAAGGGAAUUCCUGGGGACCGCGGGAUUUUGUAGGCUUUGGAUUCCAGGAUUCGCCACUUUGGCAGCCCCAUUAUAUCCCUUGACAAAAGAAAAAGGGAAGUUCAUCUGGACAAAAGAACACCAGGUGGCUUUUGAAACUCUUAAAAAGGCACUACUACAGGCCCCUGCCCUAGCACUGCCAGAUUUAAGCAAGCCUUUUACCCUAUAUAUUGAUGAGAGAAAGGGGGUUGCCAGAGGGGUCCUCACCCAAGCUCUAGGACCUUGGAAGCGUUCGGUGGCUUAUCUGUCAAAAAAACUAGAUCCUGUGGCUAUCGGAUGGCCCUCUUGCCUGCGAGCGAUAGCUGCAACAGCCACACUGAUAAAAGAUGCUGAUAAGCUAACUCUGGGCCAGAAAGUGACAGUAGUGGCCCCCCAUGCUCUCGAAAACAUCAUCAGACAACCGCCAGACCGCUGGAUAACCAACGCUAGAAUCACCCAUUACCAGAGCUUGUUACUAACAGAGCGAGUGACUUUUGCUCCACCUGCCGUCCUCAACCCCGCUACCCUGCUACCUGAAGCUGAUGAGACCCCAGUACAUCAGUGUGAGGAGAUACUGGCUGAAGAAGCAGGGACCCGGUCAGAUUUGACCGACCAGCCGUGGCCUGGGGCGGAGACCUGGUUCACCGACGGAAGUAGCUUCGUGAAAGAAGGUAAGCGAAGGGCUGGGGCAGCGGUAGUAGAUGGAAGGACUGUCAUUUGGGCUAGCAGCCUGCCGGAAGGAACUUCGGCGCAAAAAGCAGAACUUAUUGCUCUGAUCCAAGCCCUAAAACUGGCAGAAGGGAAGUCUGUAAACAUUUAUACUGAUAGCCGAUAUGCUUUUGCAACAGCCCAUGUUCAUGGGGCAAUUUACAGACAGCAUGGGUUGCUGACGUCUGCUGGCAGAGACAUUAAAAAUAAAAAGGAGAUUCUUGAUUUACUAGAGGCUAUCCACUUGCCACGAAAGGUGGCAAUCAUCCACUGCCCAGGACACCAGAAGGGGACUGGCCCUAUUGAAAAGGGAAACCAGAUGGCAGAUCAGAUGGCUAUUGAGGCGGCACACGGACCAAUGACUCUUAUAGCCAAAGUGGGGUCCCACCAGGAUGAGAGGGCCCUGGAAAAGAGAGCCCUCACAGAAGAAGAGGGGCUAGAAUACCUGACCAGUAUGCACCGCCUCACCCACCUGGGGGCCAGAAAAAUGAUAGAACUAUCCAACAAAUCCCCUUACCACAUUCCUAGGCUCCAAAAGACAGCCGAAGAUCUGGUAAGAAACUGCAGGGCUUGUGCCCUCACUAAUGCCGAAUCCAGCAGGCAUAGUGGGGGAAAGCGCCUACGGGGAGAUCGACCUGGAACUUAUUGGGAGGUCGAUUUCACAGAAGUAAAACCUGCCCGAUACGGCAACAAAUAUCUUCUAGUUUUCAUAGAUGUUUUCUCAGGGUGGGUUGAAGCAUUUCCCACUAAGAAAGAAACAGCAAAUGUAGUGGCCAAGAAGAUACUGGAAGACAUCCUUCCCCGAUUUGGAGUACCUAAGGUAAUUGGGUCAGACAAUGGGCCUGCCUUCGUCGCCCAGGUAAGUCAGGGACUGGCCAGACAACUGGGGAUAAAUUGGAAGUUACAUUGUGCUUACCGACCCCAGAGCUCAGGACAGGUAGAAAGAAUGAAUAGAACUAUUAAAGAGACCCUUACGAAAUUAUCCAUUGAGGCCGGCGGGAUUGACUGGACAUCCCUUCUCUCCCUAGCCCUGUUCCGGGUCCGGAACACACCCGGACCUUUGGGACUAACACCCUUUGAGAUACUGUUUGGUGCACCUCCGCCUCUGUUUGAAACCCUAGAUAGUGUGACACGCCCUGAUGACAAUAAUUUUAUACCUUCCACCCACCUUUUAGCCCGUUUAAAGGCCCUUGAGACGAUCAGGAGAGAUAUUUGGGAACAGCUGAAAGACACUUACACCGCUGGAGAUCCUGCAGUUCCCCAUCAGUUUGAGAUUGGAGACACCGUCCUGGUGCGGAGACACCGGGCGGGAAAUCUCGAGCCGCGCUGGAAAGGACCCUACCUGGUACUGUUGACAACUCCAACCGCCAUUAAGGUGGAAGGGAUCCCCACCUGGGUUCAUGCUUCACAUGUCAAAAGGGCCCCUCCUGAAACUAGUCCAGAUGAGUGGAUUUUGGAAAAGACUAAUAAUCCUCUUAAGUUGCGUUUAUGUCGUAAACGCAACCCUGAGUCAGGACAGCAACCCCUACGCCCCGAUGCGACAAACCUGGGAGGUGAUUAA